AUUCGUUAGCGCUGCACGGUGUGUUGUUUUGCGGUUUGGUCUGUAAAAACGGAGACUAUGAAAGAUGCCUUCACUGGUCACUGUACGAUAUGGUCCUUACGAAUCGUGUGGAGUCGUUAAUCACAAGACUUUCCGCGUAGAAGGCCUGCAAGCGGUUCUGAGAGACUGCGGCUACGUGUGUGUUCUUGAGGAAACGCCUGACUGGAACCAAGUGGAGGUGGUGGUUCAUGGAGAAAGAGUCUAUAAAUGCGACAUCAACAAACUGGAGUUUGGAGGUGAUGGGAGGCUUGAUCCACUGUGCCAAGAGGCCAUAGAAGCAGUAAGGAAUGCAUUCCAACAACACCAAAUAUGAUGCACAUGUGGGUAUGUGGUAGCC